UAGCUUGUUUACAAACAAAAACUGCUUUGGCUCCUCAUAAAAUAAUAUCGAAUCAAUCGCUAGUGCAUCAAGAUCUUUUUUUUAUUAAUAGUUCGUACGUGUUUUUACUAUUUCCAUUCCAUUUCCCGAUUCGUGAUGAGUAGUAGUUACUAUUUCGCAAUUGUCGGGCAUAAUGAUAAUCCAAUCUUCGAAAUGGAGUUCGUCAACGCCAACAAGGAGGCUAAGAAAGAGGACCACCGGCAUCUGAACCAGUUCAUAGCGCACGCCGCCCUGGAUCUCAUCGACGAGCACAAGUGGAAAACGAACAACACCUAUCUGAAGUCGAUCGACAAGUUCAACCAGUGGUUCGUGUCGGGGUUUGUGACUGCGGCGCACUUGCGCUUUGUAAUGGUACAUGACACCCGCAACGACGACGGCAUCAAGAGCUUCUUCAACGAAAUGUACGAAAUCUACAUAAAACAUCUGAUGAAUCCGUUCUACGCGCCGAACACGUCGAUAAAAUCGACGGCUUUCGAGAAGAAAGCGCAACUGUAUGGGCGCAAGUUUCUGAAUUCUUAGAUGGGAGGGGAAGUGUGAUGUUCGAUAGAAGAUUUUGUUUUGUUUCGAGAUUUAAAUAUUAUUAAUAAACUUGUGUGAAAUUUCUACUGA